AUGGCACGGUUGACAUCAGCUUCAAUCUCAACGUCGGCUUUACUUCUUCCUUUCGAGUUUACCAGCGAACACAUAGGUGCCCGCGCACCUCUCGAGCUUGUCUGCUCCGCACACGCCAUCUUGCUCGAAUGUUGGAGGUGCAUCAGUCCGAGCAGGUCGGUUGUCAGUAUCGUAGUUGCCACCCCCGCCAUGCGCCUGUUGCAGCGUCAAGGCAAUGACAGCUUCCGGCUUGUCUAUCGUGUUGACGAGCAGAUACCGCCUUACGCGAUCCUUUCGCAAACCUGGGGAAAUGAAGAGGACGAAGUUACCUUCAAAGACGUGGUUGAUGGAACAUACAAAAAGAGAAAAGGUUAUCGGAAACUCCAGUUUUGUGCGAAACAGGCUGCUGAAGAUGGUCUAGACUUCUUCUGGAUAGACACAUGUUGUAUCGAUAAAUCUAGCAGCGCAGAGCUUCAGGAAGCUAUUGGCUCCAUGUUUCGUUGGUACAAGGAUUCGGCAAAAUGCUACGUAUAUCUUACGGAUGUGUCGACGAAGUUCUUUGACUACCUGGAUCAAUUCCCAGAGAGCAAGUGGUUUACUAGGGGAUGGACACUUCAGGAACUCCUUGCGCCAAAGGACGUUGAGUUCUAUACUGCAGAAGCGAUCUCGAUCGGACGAAAGUCAGAGCUGGUUCAUACGAUCGCUGAUACCACUGGCAUUUCUACGGAAGCUCUACAGGGCACACCACUAUCGCACUUUAGCAUCGACCAAAGGAUGAAGUGGGCAGAGGGACGGAAGACAACCCGCCAAGAAGAUCUGGCCUAUUCACUGCUAGGUAUAUUUGACAUACAAAUGUCGCCCUUCUAUGGAGAAGGCAGGGAAAAAGCUUUCGAGCGACUGAAGAAAAAGAUAAGAAAGUCUCAAGGAACUGUUGGCUCAGUGACCCAGGAACCAGAACUUGUCGCACUUCGGUCUCACCACUUCGAAUUCGUCUCGCAUAGCCCCACAAUGCUGCACGAGACGGACGCUCAAUACAGCCUCCUAAUGUGCAAUGACUCUAACGAGAUCGGAAAGCCAGAUCUAUGUGCAGUGAAGAGAGGUGGUACCAACUUUCGAAACCUCGAAGUCAACCUCCUCUACGGAGCUUACAACUACCAAAACUUCGCCCUUCGAAUCGCGACACCGAAUUUUACACUAUUGCGUGAGAAUUGGAUCAUGACUGAACAAUCCAGUGCAGGACCAAUGGAUUUCUUCCUCGCAGAUUGGAGCGGUGAUGGUACGUUAGAUCUCGUAAUGAUCAAGAAGUUCUUCACUAGUACAUCGAGUACUGAGGUUCGAACAUUUUCUGGAACCGACAAGUGCCGAAAAAUCUUAUUUCAAGGCGGUACAAAACUCGAGGAAACAGAUGACACAUGGGCUUUUGGCAUGGGAAAAUGGGGUCAGGGCAAAAGACCGGACUUGAUUGCCAUCAAAAAGUCCAACACGGCAAGCAAGACCACUGAAGUGUACAUUUUGGAUGGGGAUGAUCACUUCAGAACCGUCAAACUGCACACUCAGACUGCCUUGCAUGAGACGGAUUUAAUAGUUUCUAAAUUAGCUAUGUUAGCUUGGGAAAUAGUCUUGGCAAAAGUUCGGCACCUGCUUGGGUUCGGCACUCGCUUGUGGAGUACAUUACUAAAGACUUAA